AUGCGCCGACACCAUGGCCGAGCACUGUCGCCCUACCAUGGCCGCACGGCCUCCCCUCCCUCCGCAGAAGUCUCCUUGGUUCGCAGCUUUGACUCCAAAAUCAACCCAUCGAGACCUGCAAGACAGUCUCCUCUGGCAACCUCUCAAAUUGGGGGAAUGCCACUGGACUUGAUCGACCGCAUUCGCUCCUUCCCCCUCUUCCAAUCCACCUCCGAUGACUUCCUCGCCGACAUUGGCCUGCUCCUCAAACCCCAGUUGUACAACACCAAUGACUAUAUCAUGAUAGAGGGUGAAGACGCAAAAGCGAUGUAUUGGCUUGUUCGGGGCGCCGUGGCUGUGACCUCCCGGGAUGGGGAGAGUAUUUUUGCGGAGCUGAAACCGGGUGCAUUCUUUGGAGAGAUCGGGAUACUGAUGGAACGCCCUCGCACUGCGACGGUUGUUGCACGAAUGAGAUGCAUGGUGGUUGUGCUGAAGAAGGAAGACCUCAAGAAGAUAUUGCCGAAAUAUUCAGAUGUGGAACAGGCCAUACGCGAAGAAGCCCUCGAGAGACUUACUCAGCUGGAAAAGAAGAAGGCCCAGGUCCUGCUGGGAACGGAGGACGUCCCAGACCAUGAGAGAAGAGGCUCUAAAAGAGCCCGACCUACGCUAGGAGACGAUGCUUAUAUGGCUGGCAGUGAUGGCAGCGCGAACAGCAAGCGCCGCAAAUCUCCUAGUCCCGGGACGACCGAGGUGUCCACAGCCAGUGCAUUGGGACAUGGACUUGUCAAUAUCAGAGCAACAUUGAAGGAGCUGCCGUUGUUCGCUUCUCUCCCUCCUGAUAUUCUUCACUUUCUCGGUCUUAGCGCUCAGCCGAGAAGCUUUGCGCCAUUCACCGAUAUUGUCAAGCAAGACACGAGGGGCCGCGAAAUCUAUUUCAUCGUCCGGGGCGAAGUGGAAGUGCUAGACGAGAGGAAAGUCUCGAGCCCCAGGCUUCGCAAAUCCGGCCAACCCAACGGAAUACCCCGACCGCCAGUGGUCAAGGCUCGACUCAGGCCGGGACAGUACUUCGGCGAGGUCGUGAGUCGGGGUCUUGCAGAUCGUCGAACUGCUACUGUCCGCUCAGUCACACAAGUUGAGUGCCUGAUGAUUUCUGAGAAUGUGCUCGCCGAUUUCUGGAACCGAUGCCCACCUAGCAUUCUGCACCAAAUUGAAGAGACGGCGAAGCAUCGUUUAAAACUCAGCUUCGAUGUUGACGUGACUAUGAAGGAUGCAGACGCCGCGCCAGAUAUCCGCGAACUGGAAAUUGAAGACGGGAGAGAGAGGCGGACCAGAAAACUUGUCAAUGGUCCUCGGGUCACAUUCACAGACGCGGGAGCAGAAAUCCCCAGUUCGGCGCCCUCGGUACAGAUAGAAGAGCCCAGCACCUUGGAGCCGUCCGACCCGGAUCCAUUCCUGAGCGAGGGGCUAGAGAAAGUAAAAUCAAGGUCAAGAAGAGGGUCGCUUGCUCCUCCGCCCCCAGACGAACCUUCAAAAGAUCAGAAACGUCGGUCUCCUCGAUCAUCUCCUACCAACACGACCAGUCCGUCGCCCAAGACCUCCGUUUCUGGCACACCAUCGCCUACUUCUGAGUAUAAAGGCUUUACAGGCUUUCCAUUCUCGGAUCCUUUCGCCCUCGGUGGACGACCCAAGCCUCGAGCGAGAUCGAGCCGCGGUCUAAACCGGGGGACUGUUCCCGAAAAAGUCCUCCCGUUGAUUCUUGAGUAUCUCGACCUGCACGACCUGAUGCGUCUGCAAGGCGUGUCCCUGCACUGGCAACACGUUGUCAAUAGUGACCCCAAUUUACUUCACCACCUCGAUCUAUCGCGUUACAACCGGAGAGUCACAGACGAUGUGCUCAUCAAUCGCAUAUGUCCGUUUGUGGGCCAGCGGCCCCGAUUCAUCGACAUCAGCAACUGUUUCCAUAUCACCGACGAGGGAUUCGCUGCCCUAGUCAACACGUGUGCCGCAACAGUGCAGGGCUGGCGCAUGAAGAGCGUCUGGGAUGUGACCGCGCCGGCGAUCCUCGAGAUGGCAACCCGAGCUCGCGGCCUCAAGGAAGUCGACCUCAGCAACUGCCGCAAAGUCAGCGAUACACUCCUCGCCCGCAUUGUCGGCUGGGUCGUGACGACCCAACCUCAAGCUCCUUCGAACCGCACUAAAACCCACGCCCAACGACCCGUCGUCAACACCAAGCUCGGCAACAACGCGGCACCUCCCCCUCCGCAGCCCGCGCCGGGCACCGUUAUCGGCUGUCCGGACCUCCGUUCCAUCACGCUCAGCUACUGCAAACACAUCACCGAUCGGACGAUGGCGCAUAUCGCCACGCACGCGCACGCACGCAUCGAGGCCAUGGACCUCACGCGCUGCACGACCAUCACGGACGCGGGCUUCCAGUUCUGGGGCAACGUCAAGUUCGAGCGCCUGAAGAAGCUCUGCCUCGCCGACUGCACGUAUCUGAGCGACCAGAGCAUCGUGUGGCUCGUCAACGGCGCGGGGAGCGGUUUGAGGCAGCUCGAUUUGUCCUUCUGCUGUGCCCUGUCCGACACGGCAACUGAAGUCCUCGCGCUCGGCUGCCCAAACCUCACGCACCUGAACCUCUCCUUCUGCGGCAGCGCCGUCUCGGACCCCUCCCUCCGCUCCAUCGGCCUGCAUCUUACUUCCCUGCGCGAACUCGCCGUCCGGGGCUGCGUGCGCGUGACCGGUCUGGGCGUCCAGUCCGUGGUCGAGGGGUGUCAGAAACUCAAGCUCUUCGACGUCAGCCAGUGCAAGAACCUUCAGCCGUGGCUUGUCAGCGGGGGGAUCGAACGAUGGCGGUCACUGGGUCGGGACGUCGAGUUUGUGGUUGUGAGCUCGGGAGCCAAGGUCGUGAGGUCUUGA